GGCUAGGUUGGGACACAAGGUCCAGCUGAGUGUGUGUUCCAGCCCAGUGCUCUCACAGAGCUCAGAUCCUCAUCUGCCCUGGGAGAGGGGCUCAGUGCAGACAAGCAAAAAUACUGCUGCUCCCCACUGCCGCGCCCCCCCACAAUGGAACCUGCACUGGAGAUUAUGUCCUAAGUAGAAACCCCCAUCCAAACUGGGGAUGUAGGGCCUGGAAACUAGAAAAUGCCAGGUCUGAGAGAGAGGAAAGAACAAGCCCAGCAAUACACAGAGCUCUGUGUAUUCAGAGGGAAGUUGGCAGGGUUGUGUUCGGGCAGAGAAACUCCGAGUGGUACAAAGGGACGUGCCCAGAGUGGAGAAAUCAUGCUAAUUGUCUGCACCAGAGCUGAAGAACGCCACCCAAAAUGAAGAGAGAAAGGGGAGCCCUGUCCAGCGCCUCCAGGGCCCUGCACCUCGCUCCUCUUGUCUACCUACUUCUGAUUCAGCCAGACCCCCUGGAGGGGGUGAACAUCACCAGCCCUGUGCGUCUGAUCCAUGGCACAGUGGGGAAGUCAGCGCUGCUUUCCGUGCAGUACAGCAGCACCAGCAGCGACAAGCCUGUAGUGAAGUGGCAACUGAAGCGGGACAAGCCUGUGACCGUGGUGCAGUCCAUUGGCACAGAGGUCAUUGGUACCCUACGGCCUGACUAUCGAGACCGGAUCCGGCUCUUUGAAAAUGGCUCCCUGCUUCUCAGUGACCUGCAGCUGGCUGAUGAGGGCACCUAUGAAGUGGAGAUCUCCAUCACUGAUGACACCUUCACCGGGGAGAAGACCAUCAACCUCACUGUCGACGUGCCCAUUUCAAGGCCACAGGUGUUAGUGGCUUCAACCACUGUGCUGGAGCUCAGUGAAGCCUUCACCCUGAACUGCUCCCACGAGAAUGGCACCAAGCCCAGCUACACCUGGCUGAAGGAUGGCAAGCCUCUCCUCAAUGACUCGAGAAUGCUCCUGUCCCCCGACCAGAAGGUGCUCACUAUCACCCGAGUGCUCAUGGAGGAUGACGACCUGUACAGCUGUGUGGUGGAGAACCCCAUCAGCCAGGUCCGCAGUCUGCCUGUCAAGAUCACCGUGUACAGAAGAAGCUCCCUGUAUAUCAUCUUGUCUACAGGCGGCAUCUUCCUCCUUGUGACAUUGGUGACAGUCUGUGCCUGCUGGAAACCUUCCAAAAAGUCUAGGAAGAAGAGGAAGUUGGAAAAGCAAAACUCCCUGGAAUACAUGGAUCAGAAUGAUGACCGCCUAAAACCAGAAGCAGACACCCUCCCACGAAGUGGAGAACAGGAACGGAAAAACCCCAUGGCCCUCUAUAUUCUGAAGGACAAGGACUCCCCGGAGCCCGAGGAGACUCCCUCUCCAGAGCCUCGGAGCGCGACAGAACCCGGCCCUCCGGGUUAUUCGGUGUCGCCUCCUGUGCCGGGCCGCUCGCCAGGGAUGCCCAUCCGCUCAGCCCGCCGCUACCCGCGCUCCCCAGCGCGCUCCCCGGCCGCGGGCCGAACACACUCGUCGCCACCGCGGGCUCCUAGCUCGCCGGGCCGCUCGCGCAGCGCCUCGCGCACUUUAAGGACUGCGGGAGUGCACAUAAUCCGCGAGCAAGACGAGUCCGGCCAGGUGGAGAUCAGCGCCUGAGCCCCCCAGGGACCUCGGCAACGCGUCCUGCCCCUGAAGCUUACUGCCUGGGGUGCGGGGCCGGGAAGCCCAGGUGCCCUGGGCCAGGGCAAAAGGGAAGGCUGGGCGGGGAGGCAGGUGUACUGGGUGCGGAGGUACGUGAGCAUGCGCAGAUGGGGGUUGGUCGGCGCAGAACGGGGAAGGUUGAUCUGAGGGUGAAACUCGGUUGCGUUUUCUCUGGAUUUACUGGCUGUGUUCUCAGUGGGUGUGAGUUGUGCCCUCUUAGGACCAUAUAGAUAAAUUACAUUUCUGGCCCAAUCCCCGAAAGGGUCUUAUGAAAACUAACAACAGUAACCUAACCCUCACGACUGUCCUGUGCUAUUUCUAGGGAGAUCUUUUGAUUUCCACCCACCUCCCUUUCCUCCAAAAGAGCGCCUGAAGGCGCGCUUUUUUUUUUUUCUUCCCAAAAUGCACGACAGUCCUUAAUUAAGAAGUCCGAUGGGGGGCAGGGAGUCUGAUGGUGGUUCCUGGUGUGUACAAGAGCAACUCCGAGCACGGAGGAAGCAUUGCAAAGGUAGCAUCUUAGAGCACGGCCUCUGGGUGCCUGAUUCCUGGGUCCCUGAAGUUGGUGAGGAAGAGUGGAGGAGUAUACUCCUUUGACCCCGGACCUGAGGCUUAGUAAAGGCAAAGCACUCAAGCCUCGCGUGCUUGGCCUCUUUCCAAACCUCCCUCAGCAGAAUGCCAUGCCAAACAUUCUUUCUGUUCUUGUUCAUGAAAAUAGGAGACGGGUGGGUUCAUUCCUAUAGAUAAGUACAUGCCCACUCCUCUGACCCAGUAGCUAUAUGAAGUGGGGUUUUUAACACUUCACACUCCGCCUUCUGCCUGACUUCGUUACAAAACAAGCCUUUCAAACAAUCAUCAUCCAGGAAGGUUCUUGAGCUCCCUCCAACUAUUAGAGAAUAAGAUUCUUAUCUACAGAAAAAAAAAAAAAAACGGGGCAGGGAGGAGGUGAGGAGGGGUGAAGAGGAGAAGCUUGUUGCUUCCCAGCAUGUCAGAGCAACAGCGAUCCAAUUCUUGUCCUGCCCUGCCUACCUGGCUCCCAGAUGCUCAGAUCCCAGUCACUGGACAAGACAAACCCCUUAAUCAUACUAACAUCUGAAUAUGGAGAAGCUGAGCCACUGUGUAGCCAGGCCGUGCCCAGGCCACUGCCUCUUAGAACCGUUUGAGAGAGAGAGACAAUAAUAAUCUAGUGUGUGAGGAGAGAAGACAGUGAAAAAGUUGAAAGAGAAGGAGGCAUUCUCCUGGGUAUUCCGCCUUCUCCUCCCUAACGACCCGAGGGGCUCUAGCGUCUUCUGCCCCUUCCAACUCCUAAAAUCCAGCUCUGACUCUCCACCAUCCCAGUCCCAAGACCCCUAUACCCAAGACCUUCACCCAGGGGCACACUUUGCCCUAGCCCCAAGGGCAAUAAGAUUUCUUGUUCCCCACUUCUCACCUCAACAAGGUUCCUCUUAGUUUCCUGUAUCUGUGCACUUCCCCAGGCUCAUGUGAGCAGGUGUAUCUUUGCAGCUUCCCUUAGCCAGAACCCAUCCCUUUACCUUCCCCAGUGCCUCAUCCAUCAUGAGAUAAUGCAUGUAGAGGAAAAUUGCUUAGGUAGGUGGGAAAUGCAAGACUUGAAGAAGCGGGUACCUGCUGGUCAGCCUUGAGACACAGGGAUGGAGGUUAGGAUGGGAUGAGAGCACACCACACCCUGGUGCUGAAUCCUUGAGGGGCCGGCUUGCCAGUCUCAAGCCAAAUCUGCCUUAAAUUGGGAGGGGGAUAAGUAAGGAAGUAUUUUUUGUUUGUUUGUUUUUGUGUUUGUGUUUUGUUUUGAUCUUCAUCUUUGUAUUACUAGCAUCUAGCAGAGUGCCUAGCACAUACUGGAUGCUCAAUAAACUUUUGAUGAAAUGAC